AAUUUUAAUUCAUAAAAUAUGAUUUCCUUUUCCUUUAUUUCCUUUUCUUUGACCUCCUUUUCUCAUUUCCCGGGGUUGGAAUUUUGGGAGAGGUUUCCAGCUGGAAUUUCGGGAGUGGUUUCCACCUGGAAUUUCAGGAGAGGUUUCCACCCGGAAUUUUGGGAGAGGUUUCCAGCUGGAAUUUCAGGAGAGGUUUCUUCCCAGAAUUUCAGGAGAGCUUUCCACCCGGAAUUUUGGGAGAGAUUUCCAGCUGGAAUUUUGGGAGAGAUUUCCACCCAGAAUUAUGGGAGUGUUUUCUACCUGGAAUUUUGGGAGAGGUUUCCACCUGGAAUUUUGGGAGAGGUUUCCACCUGGAAUUUUGGGAGAGCUUUCCAGCUGGAAUUUUGGGAGAGCUUUCCAGCUGGAAUUUUGGGAGAGGUUUCCACCCAGAAUUUUGGGAGAGGUUUCCACCUGGAAUUUUGGGAGAGGUUUCCACCCAGAAUUUCGGGAGAGCUUUCCACCCAAAAUUAUGGGAGUGUUUUCUACCUGGAAUUUUGGGAGAGGUUUCCGCUUGGAAUUAUGGGAGAGGUUUCCACCUGGAAUUUCGGGAGAGGUUUCCAGCUGGAAUUUUGGGAGCGGUUGGAGGGGAGGGAGGUGCUGCAGGACAGGGGGGCUGAGGUGGAUCCAUGGAAUGCUCUGGGAGCCCUUUGGAGCCGGGUUUGUCGGUCCAAUCCCUGUGGAUGGUCCUGCCCGUUCCCAGGGACGGGAGGGGACACUCCUGGAGCAGGACUGACCCCGUGGGAUGAUCCCUACGGAAGAUCCUUGCGGCCUCCUGACCCCCAAAUCCCGGGAUUCAGGUGGAAACGAGCCUGGCUUUGGGAGAGGAAGAUCACUGUGGUCUCCUGGCCCCCAAAUCCCGGGAUUCAGGUGGAAACGAGCCUGGCUUUGGGAGAGGAAGAUCACUGUGGCCUCCUGGCCCCCAAAUCCCGGGAUUCAGGUGGAAACGAGCCUGGCUUUGGGAGACACGGCUCAUUCCAGCCUCCACUCGAGCUCUGACCCCUCCAAGCUCUCCCAGGCCUGGAUUUGCUGCCGCUGGAAUGUCCCCCCUGGAAUGUGCAGCCACAGGGAGGGUCGUGAUGAGUCCCAAGGCUGCUCCCUUGGCUCUGGAAUUCUGGGAUCACCGGCUGAGCUUCCCAAGCCCGGCCCUGGGGCCAGCUGGGGGGGAUUUGGUUGGAGACCCCCAGGCAGGGGGGUGGAAGUUCUGCGGGUUUGGCUCUGCUGGGGAUCCACUUCCAGCAGGAAAAGGAGCUUCCCUUGGCCCACCUGCUCUUCCCAUUCCCAUCCCAGACUCCCCAGAUAACCAGGAGAGCUGGAUCAGGCCCUGGAAUUCCCUCCUACCUUUGGGAAAGGCUGAGUGGCCGUGGGGGGAUUUGCUGGAAUCCUGGAAUGCUUUGGUUUGGGAAGGCACAACUCGAGGCUGUUUCCUUUCCCUUCCCUUUGUUUUCCCCCUUUCUCUGCUCUUUCCCCCCCUCUCCUCCUUUUUCCAUCCCUUUGCAUCCGGAGCCCACCAAAGGCUGCCAUCCUGGCAGGAGUGGGAAUUCCAGGCUUUCCCAAAUCCACCCCCUUUCUCCCUCUUUGUCCUUCUCGGAACAGCGUGGAAGAAAUUCCUCUGCUCUCCUACCUCCAUGUCGGGACCUCUCGAAGGUUUUCCCUGGAAAAACAUCACCCCAUGCUUAUGAAAAACAUGGAUCCAGGGCACUUUAAGUGGAUGGAGGAGGCAGAAACCUCUUUGUCCUCCUUUUUUUCCCCCCUUUGGAGCAGAUCCGAGGUUGUUCCUCUGCCCGAGGCAAACAAAGACAAAUAGGAUUUGGUGGAAAAGGGGAAAAAAUAACCCCCAGGACAAGCAGGAGCUUCACAAUCCCCGUGUCGUUUGCCAAGGAAAACACGGUGGGAAGAGGCAUCUGCUUGCAAUGUCCCUGGAAAACAAAGCCUGGAUUCAUUGUCCUCCUCCAAAGAGAACAGAGGACAAUUGGCACCUGUUGGGAUGAGUCACCUCCGAGGGGUGGGAUGGGCCCAUCCCGGGAUUUGGAGCUGCCCAGCGGCUCCAAAGGGGGGCACGGAGGGCACUGGGGGGGUUGGGGGUCUCUCCCUUCAGGGCUGGAAUGUUGGGAAGAUGCUGGACCCUCCUCCCUCCUUUGUCCCUCCAGGGAAUGUGAAGAGUUGGAGUCCGAGCCCUCCAGGUCAUUCCUUUAUUUAGGAGUUAUGCAACUGAGGAAAAGAAAAUAGAAAUAAUAAUAAUAACAAAUAACAACAAUAAUAAUAUAAUGUUGGGCUGCUUUUA